CGGCGAGCCUUGGUCUGCUGGAUCGUCUAGGUGGACCAGACCAUGGAACUAUCAUUUUUAUUUUCUGAUGCAACGGAGAUGGGAGCCCUGGAAUAUACCCACGAGGGACUACCACUUUCUGUGUUCCAUGGACCCUGGAGUCCUGUGGAGGCAAUCCUGAUGGGACAAAUAGGUUUUACUGGUUCUAUGUGGCGAUUCCUUAGGCCUGUCACCCAAGAUUUCCACGACAGUGAUGGGAGCUCAAGCAGCAGCCACCAGAGCCUCAAGAGCACAGCCAAGUGGGCGUCCUCCUUGGAGAAUCUUCUGGAAGAUCCAGAAGGCGUGAAGAGAUUUAGGGAAUUUCUGAAGAAGGAAUUCAGUGAAGAAAACGUCUUGUUUUGGUUGGCAUGUGAAGAUUUCAAGAAAAUGGAGGACAAGAAGCAGAUGCAGGAAAAGGCCAAGGAGAUCUACAUGACCUUCCUGUCCAAUAAGGCCUCUUCACAAGUCAACGUGGAGGGGCAGUCUCGGCUCAGUGAAAAGAUUCUGGAAGAACCACACCCUCUGAUGUUCCAAAAGCUCCAGGACCAGAUCUUCAAUCUCAUGAAGUAUGACAGCUACAGCCGCUUCUUGAAGUCUGACUUGUUUCUGAAACCUAAACGGACUGAAGAAGAGGAAGAGGAUCCUCCAGACGCUCAAACCGCAGCCAAGCGAGCUUCCAGAAUUUACAACACAUAAGCUGAGCCCUUCGCCCCCAUGGAUCGGAGGAAUGGACUCUCAAUGUUCAGGGUGUCAAUGCUUUGUUGUGUUUGAGGACUGGAGUGUGCAAGACCUUCCCUCGGGAUAUAUGUAUUUUAUUAACUCUUUGAACAGCAAUCUCUGCAUUAUGCUAAUCUUCCAUUAAAAACAAAAGUAGCCUUGAAGUUUCAGUUCACAAAACACGUGAGAUUCCUCCAACACUGGACACUCAGAGCCUUUAAAUCUUGAUUAAAGUUUUCAUGAGGCUACAAGUGAAGCCUUUAGUUA